AUGGGGGGGGAGAGCGACUUGUCAAGAAUCAGGCUGAAGAUUGAGAAAGGGGAGGACAGAGGUGAAAUUGCGCUGGGGGGCGAGACGGCGCAAUUGGAGGAAGCGUCUGGAAAUAAGAACCAGUGCGACCUGUUCAUCCAGGAGGGGGCGCGCUUGGGAAGAACCCCCGCCGAAGUGGUCUCCACCUGCGACAUCACGUUCGCCUGCGUCUCCGAUCCCAAGGCGGCCAAGGAUGAGAAUACCACUUGGUGGACAACGGGUACAGGUGCUGGUGCUUCUUCCUCCACCAUCCUAGCUCCUGUUAUCGUAAUACCGCCGGUCAAUACUAGUGUGGUCGCUGGAAGUAACGAAGCGUUACUGGAAUGUGUAGCCAAUGGCAGGCCCACUGAGAAAUUAAGCAUCGCCUGGAAGAGAAAUGGAGUCAAACUAAGCAGUGGAGUUAGCAGUUUUGGGAGACGCCUCGCCAUCGCCAACCCAACCUCUGCUGACAUUGGAAUGUACGUCUGCGAGGCGCAGUUGAGAGAGAGUGCAGCGGAGCCGGAGAGAGCCAAAGCUUUCCUGUCUAUCCUGGAGCCACCAUAUUUCACCGCCGAACCAGAAAGCCGAAUUGUGGCCGAAGUGGAGAAGACGGUGGAUAUCCUGUGCCAAGCAAUGGGAGUCCCGCUUCCUACUCUGGUGUGGUACAAGGAUUCCGUCCCCAUUCACAAACUGUCGAACCCGCGUUACAAAGCCCUCGUCAACGGGAGUCUUCAAAUCCAGCAGCUGCAGCCGGAUGACUCUGGAAUCUUCCAGUGUGUUGCAAAGAACGAAGUUGGGGAGGUUCUGAGCUACACCUUCCUCGAUGUCACCAAUAUUGCACCCACUUUUAUCUGGCCGCCAGCGGACGCGACAGUUACAGAAGGGAUGACCGCAGUUUUAAGAUGCGAAGUUUCAGGGGCUCCCAAGCCUGCCAUUGCAUGGAAACGGGGGCGCCAGACUUUGGCCAGCGGCUCCGUUCGGAUCCCCCGGUUCAUUCUCCUCGAAUCCGGCGGCCUCCAGAUAACACCUGUCUUCCUGCAAGAUGCUGGGAACUACACUUGCUGCGCAGUCAACUCCGAAGGAGACCUGAAUGCCUCUGCUGCGCUCACCGUGUGGAAUCGCACUUCCAUCAUACGCCCUCCGGAGGACAACACUGUUAUUAAGGGGACCACAGCUACGCUACGCUGCGAGGCAGCCCAUGACCCGAGGAUUUCUAUCAGGUAUGUUUGGAAGAAGGACAACGUUGUCAUAAAUCCAUCUAGCAGCUCCCGAAUCGCCAUCGAGACAGACGGGACCCUCAUCCUUAGCCAGACGUGGUCCGGCGACAUUGGAGACUACACGUGCGAGGUCACUUCCUUUGGAGGGAACGAUUCCAGAGUGGCGCGACUGGAAGUGAUUGAGCUGCCCCAUCCCCCCCAGAACCUCCUGGCCACCUUGAAUUCUUCCUUCAGCCGCAGCGUGAUCCUCUCGUGGGUGCGCCCCUUUGACGGGAACAGCCCCGUCCUCCGCUACAUCGUAGAGCUCUCCGAGAACAACUCUCCGUGGAAAGUGCACCUCUCCGACAUUGAUCCAAAGAUGACCAGCAUCACUGUGAGCGGAUUAACGCCAGCCCGCACCUACCAAUUCCGAGUCUGUGCCGUCAACCAGGUGGGCAAGGGCCAAUACAGCAGAGAAACCAGCAGAUUGAUGCUACCUGAAGAACCGCCAAGUGCUCCUCCUAAGAACAUUGUGGCCAGUGGACGGACCAAUCAGUCUAUCAUGGUCCAGUGGCAACCUCCUCCCGAAAGCGAGCAUAACGGGGUUCUUCACGGGUACAUCCUCCGGUACCGCCUGGCAGGCCUCCCCGGGGAGUACCAAUACAAGAACAUCACCAGCGCGGAGAUUAACUACUGUUUGAUCCAAGACCUGAUCAUCUGGACUCAGUAUGAGAUCCAGGUAGCCUCGUACAACGGAGCUGGCCUGGGAUCCUUCAGCAGAGCAGUCGCGGAAUACACUUUGCAAGGAGUGCCUACAGCGCCACCGCAGAACGUCCAAGCGGAAGCUGUGAACUCGACCACCAUUCGGUUCCUGUGGAACCCUCCUCCGCAGCAGUUCAUCAAUGGGAUCAACCAAGGAUACAAGCUCCUGGCCUGGCCGAUCGAUUCGCCCGACGCAGUGACCGUGGUCACCAUCACUCCUGAUUUCCAUGGCGUUCACAGCGGCUACAUCACCAGCUUGAAGAAAUUCACUGCCUACUACACGUCAAUCCUCUGCUUCACCACCCCGGGGGACGGGCCGCGGAGUCCGCCGCUGCUGCUGAAGACUCACGAAGACAAGCCGGGAGCAGUGGGGCAUUUGAGUUUCACGGAGAUUCUGGACACUUCACUCAAGGUCAGCUGGCAAGAACCCGUGGAGAAAAAUGGCAUCGUUACAGGCUACCAAAUCUCCUGGGAGGUCUACGGCAGGAAUGAAUCUCGUCUCACUCGCACUCUCGCUAACACAACCCUCGAGGACAAAAUUACAGGCCUGUCAUCUCUCACCACCUACACGAUCGAGGUGGCAGCGAUGACUGCGAAAGGGACCGGUGCGGUCACUUCAUCCACCAUCUCGUCAGGCGUCCCCCCAGAGCUCCCCGGUGUGCCAUCCAAUUUAGUCAUCUCCAACAUCAGCCCUCGCUCCGCCACGCUUCAGUUCCGGCCCGGGUAUGAUGGGAAGACUUCCAUCUCCAAAUGGAUAGUAGAGGGCCAGGUUGGCGUGAUAGGAGAGGAAGAGGAAUGGGUGACUCUGUGCGAGGUGGAGAAAGAGUCAGAUGCUCAGUCGCUGGAGAUCCCGAACCUCACACCUUACACCUAUUACAGGUUCAGGAUGAGGCAGGUGAACAUCGUCGGGCAGAGCCCGCUCAGUCAGCCGUCUCGCAUCAUCCAAACGCUUCAGGCGCCACCGGACGUUGCUCCGGGGAGCAUGACCGUGCGCACGGCCAGUGAGACCAGCUUGUGGGUCCGAUGGGUGCCUCUCCCCGAUACACAAUAUAAUGGAAAUCCCGAGUCGGUGGGUUACAGGAUCAAAUACUGGCGUGCGGAUGUGCCAUCUGCUGUGCUCAUAAAAGUCAUCGGCGAUCGUCUGGAGAGGGAACACACAAUCGAGGAUCUUCAGGAGUGGACGGAAUAUGAGCUACAGAUCCAAGCAUUCAACGCCAUCGGGGCGGGGCCCUGGAGCGAGGUGGUGCGGGGCUGCACCCGGGAGUCAGUUCCUUCGGCACCCCCGGAGAACGUGUCGGCCGAAGCCGUGAGCUCCACUCAGAUCCUCCUGACGUGGGCGGCCGUGCCUGAACCGGAGCAGAAUGGGCUUAUUCUCGGCUACAAGGUUUUGUUUCGGGCGAAAGACACGGAGAGCAAACUGAGCAGUCAAGUAGUGCGAGGAAACCACACCCUUUCCAUCCUUCUGGCCGGCCUGCGCAAAUACGUGAUCUACCAGAUCCAGGUGUUGGCCUUCACGCGCAUUGGCGAUGGGGUCCCCAGCUCUCCUCCAGUCGUCGAGAGGACGAAAGAUGAUGGAUAUCAAAUCGCAUACCGCUUGGCAAGCAGCAGCCCCAACAAGUUCACCACGGUGGAAGUUGGCUCCACGGUCAGGCAGUUUAUGGCCACGGACCUCCUCCCCGAAUCGGCGUACAUCUUCCGAGCAUCCGCCAAGACCCGUCAGGGCUGGGGUGAGCCCUUGGAAGCCACGGUCAUCACCACAGAAAAAAGAGAACGGCCAGAACCUGCCAGAGAACUGAGAGUCCCCCAGUCGGAAGUGACGUCCCGCAGUUUGCAGCUCCAUUGGCGUCCGGGAAGCGACGGUUCCUCUCCGAUCCGGUACUUCACAGUGCAAAUCAAGGAGCUACCCGACGGUGACUGGCAGACAUAUUCUUCUUCCAUCAGCCACGAAGCUACCUCCUGUUUGAUUGACAGGUUGAACCCGUUUACCUCCUACAAGCUACGCCUGAAAGCAACCAACGAUAUCGGAGACAGCGACUUCGGGGCAGAGACGGAGGCUGCGACAACUCUGCAAGAUGUUCCAGGUGAAGCUCCAAACUCUGUAUCGGUGACCCCUCACACGACAUCCUCCGUCCUCGUGCAGUGGCAGCCUCCGAAAGCCGAGAGCCUGAACGGUCUCCUGUUGGGAUAUCGCAUUUAUUACCGGGAGUUAGAAUACGAAAGCUCGGGACCGGAGUCCAAGACAAUCAAAACCCCUUCGGCUUUGCGAACAGAGCUGACACCCCAAAGCAGCUUCAAGACCGUGAACAGCAGCUCUGUAUUAACGACAUAUGAAUUAACACAGCUGAAAAAAUACAAGAGAUAUGAGGUGGUCGUGACAGCCUAUAACAUUGUCGGGGAGAGUCCGGCUAGCACCCCCGUGGAAGUCUUUGUCGGCGAAGCAGCCCCAGCCAUGCCUCCCCAGAACAUCCAGAUGAACGCUCUUUCUGCAAGCCAGCUGGAAGUCACAUGGGAGCCACCUCCUCUCGACAGCCAGAAUGGGAACAUACAAGGCUACAAGGUCUACUACUUGGAAGCGGACAGCCAGAACGAGACAGAGAAAGUGAAGGUCCUUUUCCUCCCGGAGACCAGCAUCCGGCUGAAGAACCUGACCAGCUACACCAGAUACCUGGUUCGCAUCUCCGCUUUCAAUGCGGCGGGAGACGGACCCAAGAGCAGCCCUUCACAAGGCAGGACACACCAGGCCGCCCCCAGUGCCCCCAGCUUCCUGACCUUCUCCGAGAUCACGUGCUCGACCCUCAAUGUGUCGUGGGGGGAGCCAGCCGCAGCCAACGGCAUCCUGCAGGGAUACCGGGUGAUCUACGAGCCGCUGUCCCCGGUUCAAGGGGUGAGCAAAGUGGUGACUGUUGACAUCAAGGGGAAUUGGCAGCACUGGCUGAAGAUCCGAGAUCUCACGAAGGGAAUUACGUAUUUGUUCCGCGUGCAGGCAAGGACCAUCACCUACGGACCCGAACUGCAAGCCAACGUCACGGCGGGGCCAGCGGAAGGAUCUCCCGGUCCCCCUCAACACGUCGUGGUUUCAAAAACGGCCUCCAGCCUGACUUUGUACUGGACCGAGGGAGUUUCGGGAAACGCGCCCACCACCGGCUACGUCAUAGAAACCAGACCCUCAGACGAAGGACUGUGGGACCUGUUUGCGAAGGACAUCCCUCGCAGCGCCACCUCCUACUCGGUCGGCCUGGACAAGCUGAAACAGGGAGUGAGCUACGAAUUCCGGGUGGUGGCUGUGAACGGGUUUGGCUACGGAGAACCCAGCCCUCCCUCCGUGGCUGUAUCAGCUCAGCUAGAGUCUCCUUUCUACGAAGAAUGGUGGUUUCUGCUCGUCAUAGCCCUUUGCAUCCUGAUCUUCCUCCUCUUGCUGGUUUUCACCCUCCUCCUGUACAGCCAGGCCAAGAAAUAUAAAAACUGCAACAUGGGGAAAAACGUCUCCCACACGGAGGAAUCUGUCACCCUGGAUAAUGGGGGGUUUACGGCCCUGGAGCUCAAUAGCCGGCACCUCAACGUCAAAAACACUUUCUCCAAGAAGAACGGGACAAGGUCCCCGCCCCGACCCAGCCCCGGGGGGCUGCACUAUUCCGACGAGGACAUCUGUAACAAGUAUAAUGGAGUGGUGCUGACGGAGAGUGUGGCCCUCAGUGAGAAACCCUUGGACGCUUCAGAAUCAGAGGCGACCGAUUCAGACUACGAAGAUGAACUGCCGAAGCACUCAUUCGUGAACCAUUACAUGAGCGACCCCACCUACUACAACUCCUGGAAGCGGCAGCAGAAAGGCACGAAGCAUCCGGCGCCAUACCGGUAUGAGGAGUGCAUGGCAGGUGAGGCGGAGCCUUACUUCCAGACUGUCAUCACGACACAGAGUUCAGGAGGGGUCUACACCCCGACUGGACAGGCCCCCCCGGGCUCACGGACUCCAGUGACAGGCUUCUCCUCGUUCGUCUGACACCCGGGAGGUACAGGACAGCAGACAGCACUGCUCAGACCACCUGCCUAAUUUGGAACAGCUGCCACCACCCAAUCAGAGGACUGUAUGCGUGACUAUAGGUGCAGUGAACUGUGGGUAAAUUUCUCUUAUCAGGGUAGAAUGGAUGUAAAUGUGAAUGUCUCUAUU